CGGGUAUCGUGGAUGUAUAGCCCGAAUAGGAAGUGUGCGUUCGACACGUGGCCGCUUGGGAGCGGGAGGCGCGCCUUUGUUAGCCUGGGGCGUUUGAGUGUUCAUGGGGCUGCUGUUGUUCGCGCGGCCAUCAAAGCUCAGGUCUUAGCCUGCGUUCCGGCAUGCUUGCAUACCAGGCCUUGCGAUGCGUGCGUCUGUUGCAACCCCGAUCCCAGCCGUGGUGGUUGCUCCCGGUCGCAAUCCCGCAUUGCCGGCCCCUUCAGGGGCAUCUGCGGGGGGGCAUUGGCCAAGCGAGGGGAGCAUCGACUCCAAUCCGCCCGAUGGCCUCGCCCGCGCGAGCUUAGAAGUAUCCCGCCGAUCGCUGACCCUGCGCGACGCGACGGAGGAGAUGCUGGUGGAGCUCCGCGGGGCGCCGCUGCAGACCUGCUUCAGCGGCCUCGGCCACGUCUGGGCGAGCUCCGCUGGGAGGCAGAGCCACUACGAGCGCACGCGGAAGCGGGACCGCCUCGACUGCUUCGUCUCCCACGACUGGGGUACUGGCCGAUAGGUGAAUUCUUUACGCUUCGCGUAUCCCCACCAGCCCAUCUCACAGCAGCAGCUCUCGCGAA